UUCUGCCCUACUUUUUCUCCAACCAACGAAUCUCCCGCCGCCACCCCUACCCCCUUCCUCUCUUCAAACUCUCUGCUCAGUUAGACCCAAAAAUCACUCUCCAUUAAGAACCCCUCUUCGUUUCAAGAGCAAGCCGUCUUCUUCACGUCCAAACUAGAGCGAAAUGGAUCGGUACCAGAAGGUGGAGAGGCCGAGAGAGGAGACACCCAUGAACGAAAAUGAGAUCAGAAUCACCACACAGGGUAGGCUGAGGAACUACAUUACCUAUGCUACUAGUCUUCUUCAGGAGAAAGGAGCUAAUGAAAUAGCACUCAAGGCAAUGGGUAGAGCAAUAAAUAAAACAGUAAUAAUUGCUGAAUUGAUAAAGAGAAGAAUUGCUGGACUCCAUCAGAAUACUUCAAUUGGUUCUACUGAUAUCACAGAUACAUGGGAACCUCUAGAAGAAGGGCUCCUUCCCCUAGAGACCAUUCGUCAUGUAUCCGUGAUAACAGUCACCCUGUCGAAGAAGGAGUUGGAUUGUUCCUCCCCAGGGUACCAACCACCUAUUCCAUCUGAUCAAGUCAAACCAGUGGUUGGAUAUGAUUAUGAAAGAAGGCCUAACAACAAUGGGGUAGUAAGGAAUGAUGAAGAUGGUGGAUGGGAAGGGGACCGUGGUACUGCUGGCCGAGGCCGAGGCCGAGGCCGAGGUCGGGGUCGAGGAAGAGGACGUGGUUAUCAAGGACGUGGAAGAGGCUACGGUUCUUGGAACGAUAGCUAUGGUGCAUCAGGUGCAAUCCCUGCUCAAGGUCGUGGAGGCAGGGGCAGAGGGAGAGGGAGAGGGAAUGGCAGGGGACUAGCCCGCGGAGUUUUUAAACCAAAUGUUACAAUUCAGGCAGCAGCAGCCUGAGUUAUCAAAUUUUAGCUGUAAAACUUACUUCACUGAAAGCGUUUUAAUUAUUCUGUCGAUUAUUUGCUCCUUCCUUUAUUAUUUAUAUAGACAGGGAAAAACAAGAGUUUUAGGAUAUUGUCAUAAGCUAUUCCUUUUGUUUAUGCAGUGGCCAUGUUUUAUAGGUUUCUAGGUUGGUUCUUGUCUUAGUGCUAACAGAAACUUGACCUGUAUAAAAUCUUCUUUUCUAGAAUAAUAGAUUGGCACAUUGCUUCACUUUCUAUUGCAAUAUUUCAAUAUUUAUUAUGUCUA